AUGCUUAUUGCAGCCAUACACCUCUAUGUUGCAUCUCCUGUCCCGCUCGGCGACCACAAAUCACUUAGUGACGAGAAGAAAGAGCUCUAUCCAGAAGCCUCGGGUAUCCCCGGUCACACUGGUCCCAGGCCUCCUUGUAACCCGGAGUCGGUCCAUUGCUAG